ACAUCGCCCAAAUCUGGCGGCUUUAUUGAUGGACGCUUUAUGACAGGCAUACAGCCGCAGGACUUUUUCUUUCAUUGCAUGGCAGGUCGUGAGGGUCUUAUCGAUACAGCUGUGAAGACUUCGCGCUCUGGUUAUUUGCAGCGCUGUCUUAUCAAACAUCUGGAGGGUCUGAGCGUGCACUAUGAUCUGACAGUGCGUGACAGUGACAACAGCGUUGUUCAGUUUCUCUAUGGCGAGGAUGGCAUGGAUAUCUUAAAAGCCAAGUUCUUCAAUGGCAAAUUCUGCGCUGAUUUUCUGGCACAAAAUGCCAAAGCUGUGCUGCGUCCGAGCCAGGUGCAGUUAAUGAAGGAUGAAGAGUGCCUUGCACAGGUGCAGCGUCAUGAGAAGCACAUACGAAGCUGGCAAAAGAAGCGUCCGACCAAUCUGCGCGCUGCCUUUACCCACUUCUCGCAGGAGCUGCGUGAUGAGGUUGAGGUGAAGCGGCCCAAUGAAAUCAAUGCCAAGACUGCACUUAAUCAAGAUACCCGAUAUUCUAUUUAUUUAGCCUAUAAUUAUAUCACAUUUAGAACUAAAGGGUACUUAGCUUGUUUGUAUAACUUGUCAUUAGUUCUAUAG